AAGAGUCCAAAAUCUUGUCUAUCACACGCGAGCUUCACUUCUUUUCUCUAUAACACUUCACUGGAUAUUCCAAUUCGCUUCCUCCAUUAACGCCCAAAUCACUUAACGACGCAUUCUACUUCAUUGUUGCUGCUUGGAUUAGAUCUCCUCGUCACCGGUUUCUACACUAAUGGCAGAGAUUGAUCAAAGUUUGACUGAGCAUGAUGUGGAACACAGUAUUGGUCACAACAUAGACCACAACGUUGAUCACGGUGUAGAUGACAACGUUGAUCUUGGAGUAGAUCGGAACAUUGAUCAUGGAGUAGAUCAGAACAUUGACCAUGGGGUAGAUCAGGACAUUAAUUAUGGAGUAGAUCAGAACAUUGACCAUGGGGUAGAUCAGGACAUUAAUUAUGGAGUUGAUCAGAACAUUGAUCAUGAGGUUAAUCAGAAAGUUGAUCAUGGCGUAGAUUACGAUGUUAAUCGUGGUGUAGGUCAGACUGCUGAUAACUGGGUAGAUGACACCAUUCCUGAGAACAUAGACAAUGACUCAGAUCAUGAUGUGGAUCAUGGUGUUGAUCAAAUAGUUGAAAACUCACAGGCUGUGGAAAAAGAAAGACAUGAUGGGGCUACGGUGGCAGGAGGUGGUGAAAAGAAGUGGCCUGGAUGGCCAGGAGAGAGUGUGUUUCGUAUGUUGGUUCCUGCACAGAAGGUUGGCAGUCUAAUUGGACGCAAGGGGGAGUUCAUAAAAAAAAUUGUUGAGGAAACAAGAGCUCGCGUUAAGAUACUUGAUGGACCUCCAGGAACAUCUGAAAGAGCUGUAAUGGUAUCUGCUAAAGAAGAGCCAGAUUCUUCUCACCCUCCUGCGAUGGAUGGUCUUUUGAGGGUCCACAAACGCAUUGUUGAUGGUUUAGAGGGUGAUUCAUCACAUGCGCCGCCAUCUAUUGGGGGAAAGGUGUCAACCAGGCUUCUUGUACCAGCAUCACAAGCAGGGAGUUUGAUUGGGAAGCAAGGAGGAACCGUGAAAUCCAUUCAAGAAGCCUCUAAUUGUGUUGUUAGAGUCCUGGGAGCAGAAGAUCUGCCUGUCUUUGCUCUUCAAGAUGAUAGGGUUGUUGAAGUGGUGGGGGACCCAUCUGGUGUCCACAAAGCCAUUGAGCUAAUUGCAUCUCAUCUCAGGAAGUUUUUGGUUGACCGCAAUAUAAUUCCUCUAUUCGAGAUGCAUAUGCAAAUGGCAAAUCCACCAAUGGAGCACAUGCCACCAACUCAUAAGCCUUGGGGUCCGCCUCAAGGUCUUCGUCCAAAUGAUGGGGGAGGUCCUGGUUUUGGACCUAAUUCUCGAUACAUGCCACCUUCACGGGAACAUGAAAAUUACUAUCCUCCUCCUGACUUCCUUCCCAUGGAGAAACAGUCUCAUCAGGGUAUAUCUGCCUAUGGAAGAGAAGCUCCCAUAGGGCUUCAUGCAUCUUCUAAUACCCAAUCAGCUCCUUCAAUGAUCACACAGCAGGUUACCCAGCAAAUGCAGAUUCCCUUAUCAUAUGCUGAUGCUGUUAUUGGGACGGGUGGUGCAAAUAUUAGCUACAUUCGGCGAGCAAGCGGUGCGACUGUCACUAUACAAGAAAGCAGGGGUGUUCCUGGAGAAAUGACAGUUGAAAUCAGUGGAACAGCUUCCCAGGUCCAAACGGCUCAGCAGCUGAUUCAGAAUUUCAUGGCUGAAGCUGCAGCUGCUGCAGCACCAGGAAAAGCACAACAAGGCGGAUCCGCUGACCAAGGUUACAACCCUUACGCAUCACAUGGUUCUAUGUAUGCUUCUCCCCCAUCCAAUCCUGGACAUGGAAGCCACACAGGAGGCUAUGGGUCAGUGUAUGGUGCAAAUUAUGGGUACUGAGGAAGGCUGUAUUGGUUUUUCAUCACUCAAAAACAAAUUUCUUUUGUCUCAUUAAAAGAGAGCAUAAUCAAUUAUAUGAAUGGUAGAUGUAAUACUAGACUUUUGUUAGGUUCUCAGGUAAUUUGGAUGUUUUUGUUCCUUCAUGUUGUUUUAGCCUAGGCAUGCUGUUGAGACCUUUUUUUCCUCAGAAUUCUUCUGUGUGUGAUAUUUUCUUGUAUCUUUUAUUCUCGAGUGUGUUACUAUCAAAUAGUUUGUCUCAUAACAUCCUUAAAGCAAUGACUUCUGUAGACAA